UGUAGCCUCAGAGUGGGAGCUGAGCCUCUCAGGUUAUUUUGGGUGUCAGCUGUCGUUCGGCCAGACAGCAGGACCCUCCUCCUCCUCCUCCUCCUCUCCUUCCUCUGCCUCUCUCUGUCACUUCUUCACCUCCUCCCCUUCACUCCACUGAUCCCGAACACUGAGGAUGGAGACGUCAGUGAAAGCAGCUGAGGUGAUGGUGUCCCCCCAGCCUGAUGUGGCGUCCUCCUCUCCGGACGCUGAGAACACUGAAGGUGAGGUGGCAGCUCCUCCUGCAGCCUGCAGCUCCUCCUCCGACUUCUUCGACCCCAUGGAGGAGGUCAGCAGACGGCUGGAGGACAUCAUCAGCACCUACGGCUCUGCAGCCAGCCUCCUGCACAAACAGAGUGUGGUGGAGGCAGAGACUGAAAAGAUGAAGGAGGAGGCAAAAGAUGACGUCACAGUUGCCAUGGAGACAGAGGUCUCUCUCAUCAUGCAGAGUCUGAACAAGCUCUCCUCUCCAGAGAAGAAACUGGAAGAUCUGCUCAGGAAAUAUGCUGAACUGGCAGCCUUGCGGCGCUGUGAUGAGAAGAAGCUGUGUGUUCUGCAGCAGAGGUUGUCCGUCGUGCUGGAUGAGCGGCAGCAGCUGCAGGCGGAGAGUCGCAGCAGCGUCACAGCUCGUAGCAAACUGGAGAGUCUGUGCAGAGAGCUGCAGGGACACUACAACACACUGAGGGAGGAGGCCUUUCAGCGCUGCCGGGAGGAUGAGGAGAAGAGGAAGGAGAUGACCAGCCACUUCCAGAUGAUGCUGACUGAAAUCCAGGCUCAGAUCGAGCAGCACAGCGCCCGAAACGACAAGCUGUGCCACGAAAACAGCAACCUGACUGACAAACUGGAGAGUCUCAUGAACCAGUGCGAGAUGAGGGAGGAGAGUUUGGAGAAGAUCAACCAGCGGCGCGACCUGCAGAACAAACUGACUGAGGCCAAACUGCAGCAGGCCAACGCUCUGCUGAACGAAGCCGAGGAGAAACACAAGCGAGAGAAAGAAUAUUUACUGGUUCAGGCUGCUGAGUGGAAACUGCAGGCUCAGACACUCAGAGAGCAGGGGACUGUCAUGCAGACACAGCUGGCCCUCUACGCUCAGAAGUUUGACGAGUUUCAGGCAACACUGGCCAAAAGCAACGAAAUCUACGUCCGCUUCAAAAAGGAGAUGGAUAAUAUGUCAGACAAGAUGAAGAAAAUGGAGAAAGAGUCAAAUCUGUGGAAGACAAGGUUUGAGAACUGCAACAAGGCUCUGACUGACAUGAUGGAAGAGAGAACUGAGAAAAGCAAAGAGUACGACCUGUUCGUCCUGAAGAUCCAGAAGCUCGAGAAGCUGUGUCGUGUCCUACAGGAAGAGAGGGUAGUCCUCUAUGACAAGAUCAAGGAAGUCCGCCAAGCUAACUCCAACCUCCCAUCAAAGAUCUUCGGCAGCUUUAACCCCGAUGACAUCCCUGACGCAGAGGGUGCUGUAAAAUCUGCCCUGCUGACCCCUGUGGAGCUCCAGGAGCUCCAGGAGGAGGACCCGGUAUUAACGGUGGGUAUGACCCGUCUCAAGGAGGAGCAGGCCAAGCUGCAGGAGUUUGCCGCCUCCCUGUUGGCCACACCCAGCGACAAUGAGGAAGAGGAUAAUGGUGAUUUAGGCCCAGAAGAAGACUCGGUGGCUUCUGCGUUUGUCCAGUUCAAAACCAAAACUCAGGUCAAAGAGGAGGUAGUUUCAGUCCCUGAGCAGAUGGUAGAUGUAAAAUCAGAGGCAGCAGAAUCGGUUCUCCCACAGCCAGAUAAAGUUGAGGAGGUUCCAAAGCCAGCAGUGUCCACACCAGAAGCUCCGACACCUGUGGAGAACGUUUCUGAAACAGACGCAAAACCAGAAGCACGAACAGUUCAAACCCAGGUCGAAGACAAAGAGGUGCAACCCGUUAAACUAGAUGAGGAGAUCCAGCAGCAACCUGCUGAACCAGUGCCGACAUCAGAGCCUGAGAAAGUCAAGAUUGAUCAACCAACAGACCCAAAACCAGAAGCAGCAGAAACUGAGAUCUUGGUCGAGGCUGGUGAGGUUAAACCAGUGGUCCCAGUGGGAGACGAGAAGGUCCAGGCUGAACCAGUGCAAGUUCCAGAAGAAGCGCCAACAAAGUCAGAGUCAGCUCCACCAUCCGAAAACACAACUAAAAUUACUGCCUCCUCCAAUGCCGACUCCUCCAAGAAACAAACACCGAAGAAAAAGAAGAAGAGGAACGGCAAGAAUGCUAGCUAAAGUUUAGAAGGUGUGUGUGUGGUAUUAUUUGGGAAUAAUGUGUGUGUGCGUAGCUGAAAUCAUACUGUGCCUUUGCGCCUUUCGUAAAGGUUAAAAUCUUUAGUUUGUCCCAACUGGUGCAACUGUGUUGUCACUGUUAUUUUCUCAAGAUUCAAUGUUACCAGAUGAGGAUGGACAAAUAAACCAACUGUAUUUUACAGUUUGAAUGUCUAAAUGAACAUUUAGUUUGGCCUGGUAGAAGGAAUGAAAGGCUGAAGUAUAAUAAAGUCUAAAUCACUGAGAUUAGAAAUAUUUAGUGUUAACAGCAGUGCCAUAAAGAGUAAAAGGUUUUGCCUUAUGUAAAGCAAAAUGCCAAAACAAAACAAUUGGUUGGUGUCUAUGCCAGUAAAAUUGCAUUGUCUCUUUUAAACUAGGAAUCACAAUGCAUUGCGACAACUCCAAUAAAGUGAAUUUUUGACAAUUAAAAAA